ACGUGCUCCUCGCAUAGAAUCCUCCAGAUCAAAGAUGGCGGCGUACAUGAGAGUGUGGAGAUCGUUCGGUGCGGCGUCCGGCAGCGCGUCCUCCGCCGCUUCAGUCGCGAUCAGAGCCGGGUUAAACGCGCUGCUCCCGCGCCGCUUCCUCCACCCCCACCUCCGGCGCUCCUACUCCAGCUUUUCCAGCAGAAAGUCCUUAUGCGACGCCAGGAUCGCGGCAUCCGUGCUGAGUGACAGGUGGAGUCGGGUCGCGGCGGGCUCCGGGCGCCUCGGCGGCGGCGGUCAGAGGCGCUCUCUGUUCGGGAAUAAGGGCAGCGGCUUCUCUGGAGAGGACGGAGCCGAGAGCAGCGCCGGAGAUGAUGAGUCCGGAGGCGAUGAAGGUCCCUACUCUCCUCCUCCUCCUCAGAUGACAGCGCUCACUACGAUGCUCGUGCCCGAGGUCUUCCCGAACGUGCCGCUCAUCGCCGUCAACAGAAACCCGGUGUUCCCGAGAUUCAUCAAAAUCAUCGAGGUCAAAGACAAGCGACUGGUGGACCUGUUGAGGGGUAAAGUGCGUCUCGCUCAGCCGUACGCUGGUGUUUUCUUGAAGAAAGAUGACGGUAACGAGUCUGAUGUGGUGGAGAGUCUGGAUGCGGUUUAUCACACCGGGACGUUUGUGCAGAUCCACGAGAUGCAGGACCUCGGAGACAAGCUUCGGAUGAUUGUGAUGGGACACAGAAGAAUCCGCAUCAGUAAGCAGCUGGACGUGGAGCCGGAGGAGCCCGAGUCGCUCGAGGCGGAAGACGAGCAGCCGAAAGCUCUGCGGAGGAAGCAGAAGCGAUCGCGCAAGGAUUCGGCGUCGCUGCCGGAGGCCAUGGAGGGGAAGGUGCGGGAGGCGGAGCUUACGGUGGAGGCGCUUCCUCUGCCCGGCGUCCUCAUGGUGGAGGUGGACAACGUGGUCCACGAGGAGUUCCAGGUCACAGAAGAGGUCAAGGCCCUGACUGCUGAGAUCGUCAAGACUAUCCGUGACAUUAUUGCUCUGAAUCCACUGUACAGAGAGUCUGUGCUCCAGAUGAUGCAGGCGGGUCAGAGAGUGGUGGAUAAUCCCAUUUAUCUGAGCGACAUGGGGGCGGCACUGACCGGCGCCGAGUCACACGAGCUACAGGACGUCCUGGAGGAAACAAACAUUCCCAAACGACUGUACAAGGCCCUUUCUCUGCUGAAGAAAGAGUACGAGCUGAGUAAACUACAGCAGCGUCUUGGCCGGGAGGUUGAAGAGUCCUCAGAGUUCAACGUUACCCGUAACUACUUAGACUGGCUGACCUCCAUGCCUUGGGGCACCAACAGCGAGGAAAACAUGGAGCUGGCUCGAGCCAAAGAGGUGUUGGAAGAGGACCACUAUGGAAUGGACGACGUCAAGAAACGCAUUCUGGAGUUCAUAGCUGUAAGCCAGCUAAGAGGUAGCACACAGGGAAAGAUCUUGUGUUUCUAUGGCCCUCCUGGAGUUGGAAAGACCAGUAUCGCCCGCUCGAUCGCCAGAGCCCUUAAUCGAGAAUACUUCCGCUUUAGCGUGGGAGGCAUGACAGAUGUGGCGGAAAUUAAAGGCCACAGGAGAACAUAUGUUGGUGCAAUGCCAGGAAAAAUCAUCCAGUGUCUAAAGAAAACUAAAACUGAAAACCCAUUGGUCCUUAUUGAUGAGGUUGAUAAAAUAGGUCGAGGUUAUCAGGGUGACCCAUCUUCAGCGCUACUCGAGCUUUUAGAUCCAGAACAGAACGCUAACUUUCUUGACCACUACCUGGAUGUGCCCGUUGACCUGUCCAAGGUGCUUUUCAUCUGUACAGCCAAUGUUCUCGACACCAUUCCCGAACCCUUAAGAGACCGGAUGGAAAUGAUCAACAUAUCAGGUUACGUUGCUCAGGAGAAACUGGCCAUUGCGGAGAGAUACUUGGUACCUCAAUUGCGAACUCUAUGCGGUUUGGAUACGGAGAAGGCGAAAAUCACCCCCGAGGCUCUGAGCGUCCUCAUCAGACAGUACUGCCGGGAGAGCGGCGUCAGGAACCUUCAGAAGCAAGUCGAGAAGGUGUUCCGGAAAGUAGCGUUCCGGAUCGUCAACGGCGAAGAAACGAUGGUCAGUGUCACUCCGGAGAACCUUCAGGAUUACGUCGGGAAGCCCAUCCCCACCUUCAACCUAAACCAAAACUACAACCCCACCCAGCCGCCGGGAGUUGUCAUGGGACUGGCGUGGACGGCGAUGGGAGGUUCAACGCUCUUCAUCGAGACAUCUCUGAGGCGACCGAGAGAACCGCAAGGGAAGGAUGGUCUCAAAGAGGGAUCGCUGGAGCUCACGGGGCAGCUGGGAGACGUGAUGAAAGAAAGCGCCAAGAUUGCGUACACCUUUGCGCGCUCGUUCCUCAUGAAGGAACAACCGGACAACGAUUUCCUUGUGGGCUCCCACAUACACCUCCAUGUGCCUGAGGGUGCAACUCCCAAAGACGGGCCGAGUGCUGGGUGCACUAUUGUGACUGCUUUGCUGUCCUUGGCCACUGACACCCCAGCGCGUCAGAACGUGGCCAUGACGGGAGAAGUGUCCCUGACCGGGAAGAUCCUGCCUGUUGGAGGAAUCAAGGAAAAGACCAUUGCUGCGAAGAGAUCUGGUGUAACCUGCAUCAUCCUGCCUGCAGAAAACAGAAAGGACUUCUCAGACCUGGCAGACUACAUCACCGAAGGACUAGAAGUGCAUUUCGUCGAAAACUACAGCGAGAUCUACAAAAUCGUGUUCUCUGGAUAAUAAUAAAGUAGUGCUGUGUUAACGAUUAUGAAUCCUCCGUGUCAGGAAAUCCCGAGCGCACACGUCCAGGUUAAUCAAUCCUUUUGUCUCUCGUUGAGUUUUUAAUCGCACAGAAGUAGCACGUGAGCGCUGCGCCGUCGCCUCUUGGUUUGUGGGACGCGGAUCAGAAAGAAGAUUCCCGAAACGUUUGAGACUCUGGGAUCCCGAAAUUGCUGCUACGCAGCCUCCAGUGAAGAUUUUAUAUUCACAUCCCAUUUCAUCUCGAGUGUCAUGUUUGUAAAUAACCGCCUUAAUUAUACUCUCUCAAAUCAUUUACAUUAAAUAUAUAUUAUGGAACCGCU